AUGGUUGCUUUAAACGGUCUCCAAGAUAUCAUAGCCACAUUCAACACACAGCCAUACUUUUACAUUAGUACUAUAGUGACCAUUUGUUUCCUACUAUACCACAUAAAAUGCAAAAAUGUAUACUUGAUAGUGUUGCUCCUAUGGGGUAGUUUCAUUACAACAAUAACUCAAUUGAAGCUAGUAUCGUCCCUGCAUUUUGAUUGCUUUGUGCUCAGUGCAAUCUACUGUGUUUCCAUUUUCUUAACCAGUGUGGUGACACCUUACAAUUCCAAUAAUGAUUUACCCAAGAUUCAACUCGAUGAAGUUAGUGAUUCUGAAGUUUCAAUUUCUGAAGUUAUCUACGAAGAAAAAAGAGUGUCCUCAAAACCAGCAUCAUCUAAAUUCAAAAGAUUGGGUGGACUUGAAUUACUUGCUAUAAUGAUUCUAUCUUACUUUGACUACAUUGGUGAAGUUGGUACAUUUAUCUGGUUGACAAUAAUAUACGGUGUUACAAUUGGCUCUGGAGUCAUUGCAAACUUUACCACAUCGAGAAAUGCCACUGAUUUUAGACAUAUACUAUCCAAUUUGAUUCACAGCUACAAUGCCAUAUUAAUAAUCGUAGCUCAUUGGAUAUUGGUUGUACAUAUUGGAUUGGACUUGGUGGCAUUGACUUCUUACGCAGUAUUGAUGUUCUUUUCCUUUACAUUUUUCCCCUACAUAGAGCACAUAGUUAAUUAA